AUGGGCGCAAGCUGCUGUAAGAACGCACUUCAUCAAACGAAGCCGCCAGUGCCUCCUCCCGACCUCCCCCCGCCCGACCCAGGCGCACCGUGGCCCGGUGAUACGUUUCGUCGCGCGCCGGCAGAAACUGCGCCAGUGGAGCCUGACGCAGCGUUACCGAGCACAGAUUUCCCCUCGGCGGUUCCCUGGUGUUCGUCCAGCGUCUCGGGCGCGAAGAGGCCUUCUUCGCCUCUGACGACCUACGAGUCUUGCCUCGGCGAGGAGGAGCUGAGUGUCGUGUCGCCUGCGACGCGUGUCGCUGCCCCGAACGCCGAGGGGGUUAGAGCCGACGCAGGUGGAACCGAUUCGAACGCGUCAGCUUUCACGGACUCGGGCACCUCGAAGAGCUGCAAGUCUCUCUCGCGAGACCGCCGCGUAGGGCCUUUUUCAGGGGGGGAAAGGCGAGCUUUUCCGUCCUCGUUUGGUCGAGGCCGGGGCAGCGACGCCACGCACAUGAGACGCGAGAGCAGCGACAAAGAGACAGAGCCUGUGGAACCUACGACUUCUGCGGCGGCACUGAAUUUCGAGGACCACCAUCUGGUGUCGUACCCGCCGCCGGGGUUCCCCUCGACCGCGAGGCAGACUGUGCGGAAGCCUGAGAGCCAACCACGCGAGGCAGGCGAGGCGGAGGGGAGUCGGGCCCUGCCGCGAAGCGGAAGCAUCUUCACGCGUUUCCGACAGUCCCUGAACCGACGAAGAGACGCGGGCCUCGGGAGCGCCUCGCCACCCAGCGGCGACCGUCGGAGAGGCCUUGGAGACGCGGUGAAGAAGUUCAAGCAGAAGGGAGGCAAGAAGAGUGCACUGCUGAAGAAAACGAGCAGCUCGGGAAGCACAGAGAUCGGAGGAGAGGGAAUCCGACGCCGGUCGACACGCGCGACGGGAGGAGACGCAGGACCGGGAAACCGCAGCCACCAGCGGCAUCCGGCGGGCUUUGUGUCUCCAGACAGCGAAAUGACGACAACUGCCGGUUCACCGGUCUCCAACCGGGGAGAUGACGAGAAGCGGUGA